AUGGCGGCCAACACUGGCGCCGGCACCGGCGGCAGCAAGAUCCGCAACGCCAAGCUGGUACUUCUAGGGGAUGUGGGCAAGUCCAGCCUGGUGCUCCGCUUCGUCAAGGGCCAGUUCGUCGAGUUCCAGGACACCUCCCUCGCCCUUCCCUUCCCUUCCUUCACAUGCCCCAGGCUGUGCUGCAAACUGGCCAUGACCUGUCUGUUUGUGUGUGCUGAUUUUGUUUUGCUGGAGAGGUACCACAGCCUGGCGCCCAUGUACUACCGCGCCGCCGCCGCCGCCAUCGUCGUCUACUACAUCACCAACUCAAGCCAUACUUGUUUGUCCGCGCCCGCUUCCGAUGCGGUGGCUGUCGAGGGCAAACCCAUGGCACUCGUGGCCGAGAAGUUGGGUUUCGCGCUCGUCGUGCGGUCGGGCACCAAUGUCGGCCGCGACGUCUUCGAGGCCUCCGACGGCCGUCUCCACAUCGUCGGCCGCGUGGGGGCCGGGAUCGGCAACAGCUACCUCUUUAUUGUUAGCCAUAAUUCACAACCUGAGGUGGUCACCUUUGAUCUAAUACCCGAUCGUGAUUUGGUGGUCGAGCCUAUGUCAACCACUGGUUGCACUCAGCCGAGCAGGCCAGGCAUAAGGUCUUCACCUUCAGCAUCCAGUGAGAAUGUCAGGGCUCGCAAUUCAGGUUCUAGUUCCAGAUCAGCUGCCCCGCCACCAGCAGCACCACAAGCCGGGGCUGCAAAUCCUUUACGUUUCGAUGCACGGACUAUACAUUUCUCUGUAAAUGCCUGGGUACUGGUUGUUGUUGGUCUGGGAAUGCUUCCGAUCUUGCCAAAACAUCUUGCAGACAGAGCUUGCAAGCUUUCAUUGCUGGGAACAGUCCUCUCCUCAGGAUACUCUUUAUACAGUACUUAUGGGAAACCAAGAGAAUUGAACAUGCCUGCAAUUCAGAGUUGGUUGCAGUCAGUACUUGGAGCCAAGGAUUUUAUCCAUUUAAUGUUCUCUCUGUUGCUCGUCACAUCUCAGCUGCACUUAAAGAUUGCUGCCCUACCUGUGUUCUGUUGGGCGCUUUAUCAUGUUGCCAGAUUCCUAAGGCGUAACUUUUCUCGCUCGUCUUUCUAUAGGGGAUACUUGGAAGAGCCUUGCCUUUGGGUGGAGACAAACAACACCACGCUCAGCCUUCUUAGCUCAAAUGCCGAACUUGCCUUGGGGUUUCUUCUGAUCAUAUCGCUGUUCUUGUAUGUUGAUCUGAUUUCCCUUGGAAUCAUGGAGACUUUAUUUCAUCUUAGUUAA